AUGGUGAACAAAGGUAGGCAUGAAGGUUGGAUUCGGGAUGUUUUGCAGAUUAAUCGCAAAGUAAGAGAGAUGGAAAAAAUGCUUCCCAAAGAGAGAAAGAUGACACCAGUAGAUACUUCCAAGAUGUAUUCUGAAAUCAUUACACUGCUGGAUCAUUCAAUGGAUGAUAUUGAAGCUUACGUUCCCCCUGAGGUGAUUAACAAGAUGUGCAAGAAGUCCCUAGCUGUUGAUACGACUGCCACAAUCCAUACCAAAGAGACACGGUCUGAUUCAAAGGUGGAACAAGGUAAGAAAGGCACAAUCCACAGACAUUCAGCGGUGAAACAAGGUGAGGAAGCCUCAGCACAACAUGGCAAUAUCAUCUUUGUGCCAGAAAAAAUAUGUGAUCUGGCUGUUGAUUUUGCUAUUAACCAAAUUUCAAGAGACAUAGAAAACCCUGAAGUUCUGAGGAUCGGGAUUUCUGGACGAGAUGCGAUAAGAGUUACAUCACAAUUGAAGAAUCUACCACAGAUAAGGAAAAUGUUUAACGUUGUUGUUCAGGUUCGUGCCUCAUCAUAUUCAACCAUCGCAGAUAUUGAAAAACAUAUUGCUGCACAAUCGGGCAACUCAACAUUAAGCAGACAGGAAAAAGCUCAUCGCAGGAUGACAGUGGAUCUAGAGAUCAGAAUGGAAGAUCAUCUGUUAUCAUGGAAAUUAUUUUGUAUGAAUGUUGGCAAAGUUGUUCGGUCUUCACAUAUCCAAGGUGUGGCCAUAGAUGUGGUUGAAAGAUGCUGUGGCCAUUUACUUGCCAUUGUUCUAAUGGGAAGAGCCUUGAAAGAGGUCAAUGAUGUUAGCAUUUGGAAACAUGCAUCUCAUGCACUGUGCGUGUGCCCCACUUCUCAGAUGAAAGAUAGCAUCUUGUUUAAUGCACUAGCAUUCAUUUGUGAGCAGUUAGGUUCAAAAACAAACUGUGUCAAACACUGUGCUCUGAACAUGGACAAGGAAGGGAUGGACAAAGUUCAUUUGAUUCAGAGGUGGAUCAAAGAUGGCUUAAUAGGAACAGUUGGUGAAGGAGAAGUGAUUGUUGAAGAUCUCCUCAACGCCUUCUUGUUGGAGAGUUCUCAGAAUGGAGUUUCUGUCCGAAUGCGAGAUGAAAUCCGUGAGGAAUUAGGAAAUCUGUUUGGACCUAAGCUAAAUCCGCCAGUCCUUAACCUAGGUGGAAAGGGACUAACUAUGCCACCAAAUGAUGAGGCAUGGGAAGAAGCAGGUUGUGAACUCUUCAUGAAGGUGCCGCCUGAAGUUGGAGAACUCAGUAAUCUUGAGGUGCUUGAUUUUGAAGGGACUGAAAUCAUAAGUCUACCAAUGGAUGUUGGAAAACUGUCUAAAUUGACGUGCUUGAAAUUGUCAUUUUAUGGAGAGGAUAAAGAUGAAAGAAAAAAUAACAGAUCAACAACAAUCAUUCCCCAUAAUGUAAUAGGAAAACUUCUUCAGUUGGAGGAGUUAAGCAUAGACGUGAAUCCAGAUGAUGAGAGAUGGAAUGGGACAGUGAAAAAUAUUAUAAAGGAAGUAUGCAGCUUAAAAGAGUUGAAGGUUCUCAAACUUUACUUGCCAGAAAUUGUGCUGUUGAAUGACUUCAUGUGGAAUGAGAUACCAUUCCUGUCAUUGUCACGCUUCAGCUUUAUGGUUGGUGGUCAUCUUAAGCGCAUUAUAUCUCGAUUGCCACGUGAAACAACAUUUGAGUUUAAAAAGCAAAAAAGAUGCUUGAAGUAUGUUAAUGGCGAAGAUAUCCCAGUUGAAAUUAAGGAAGUGCUCCAGCAUGCUACUGCACUCUUCCUGGAUCGUCAUUUAACUCUUACCAAGCUAUCUGAAUUUGGGAUUGAAAAUAUGAAGAAGUUGGAAGUUUGUGUAUUGGGGGAAUGUAAGGAGAUCCAAACCCUUGUAGAUGGAGCUGAAAUCAAUAAGCAAGAAGAUAAUGCUAGAGAUGUCAAUGAAGAUACUGUACUUGGAUCACUACAGUACUUGAGUAUUCAUUAUAUGAAGAAUUUAAGGAGCUUCUGGAAAGGGCCAGUUCAAAAGGGUUGUCUAUCCAGCCUAAAGUCCUUGGCAUUGCAUACAUGUCCCCAAUUGACAACCAUUUUCACUUUGGAUUUGCUUGAAAAUCUCAACAUCUUAGAGGAGCUUGUGAUUGAAAAUUGUCCUAAAAUCAUCAGCCUUGUAACCCAUGAGCUUCCUGCUGAAGAAAUACAGUUGUGCUCAAUAGAUCAUCUUCCAAAGUUGAAGAAGAUAUCUCUUCAUUACAUGCAUGAAUUGAUCAGUAUUUCUAGUGGUCUAUGCAUUGCACCAAAAGUAGAAUGGAUGAGCUUCUAUGGUUGCCCAAACCUCAAAACUCUUUCUCCCAUGGAUGUUUCAAGUAGCAAUUUAAAGGGGAUCAUAGGAGAGGUGGACUGGUGGAAUGAAUUGACUUGGAAUGUUCAGAAAGAAAAUCUGGAUUCUAUAUUUGUCCCCGUUAAAGGAGUCACAGAAUUGAUGAAUCAGAUAGCAGAAAUUGGUGAUCAGCUUCAGCACUGAAGCAAGAGAGAAGCCUUCUCAACAUCCAGAUUGAGGAGACUCCCUGAACAUGGUGGAAAGAGAAAUGAAGUGGCUACUCUCUGGACUGGAAGCUGAGUUAUUCAUGCUUGUAUAAUUAUGUCUGAAUUUUUAAAACUUCUGAGAAUCUUGCUGAUUGUUUUUUCAAUUAUUGUCUGUAGUUUUGAUGCCUUGUUUAGUUGCCAUGAAUGUGGAAAAGGGAAGGGGAUUCGGAAUCUUCCAAAAACUCUGCUUGAACUAUCAAAACUUGCUUAUUCUCUGAUCACUUGGAAUAAAUUGUAAUGUAGACUUGCAGUAUGCCUUUGCAUGCAGAAUUUGGUGGUGCUAUGCAUCAGUUUGAUUUGUACUCAAGUGAUAAUCAGUUUGUUUUAUUUAUGUA